AUGACCCUCUGGUGGGCUCUCGUCACCCUCUGCUGUGCACUGAACUGUGCGACGUCUGCGCCGUUUGUUCCGAGGCAUAAAUACAAAAACUCGUUCCGUCUCGCGGCCUUCACUCGAGCCCACGUGCAGCAACUCCUACAGAACUACAAGGAGCAGCAGAUGGGAAAUGUGCAUUUUGAGGACAGAAGUCGACGCUUGAGGGACCUGCCUUUACUGUCCACAGACUUCUACAUGUGGCUUAGUUUGCUCUCAUUAUGGGAUGGGUUCGUCUCGUGUGUUCAGGACUGGGACCGACUACUCGGCGCUUUCCGGGACAUGCAGGUCUACUGGAGUAUGCUGGAGAGGAGGAGAAGGCAGCUGGAGGAGGAGCAGAGGGAGCAGGUGGAGGCGCAGCCCGCCCAAACUCGUUUAAUUCAGAGCAUCGGACACAUUCAGUGGAACCUGCGGGACCUGAUCGGUCAAGUCAGCAGUCAGGUGCGUACAGCUCUGCACACAGGCCCGCGCAGACUCUACGGGGAAAUGAGAGGAAUGAGGAGUUCCUGGACUCAGCCCACAGCCGCAGCGAUGCACGCAAACCCACAACGGAGUGCCAGGACAGUGUGGGACAGCCGGGUGGAGGGCUACAUCAUCCUGAGGGACCUGGAUCUUUACCUCACAAAGCUAGCAAGAGACUUCCUUCUGCUGGCUUCAAAAACACGCGCCUAA